AUGUUGUCCAAAUACGGCAUCCUUCUGGUCUUCGGCAUCUGUUCCCGAGUCUGUAUUGCUACAUGUCUGUGUCCCAUCGGCUGCUGCUGUCUUCGCCCGGGAGUUUUGGUUGUGUGCGAGUCCUCGGGCCUGAGGUCGCUUCCACGUUCACUCCCUCUCAACACCGCUGUCCUGUCAGUGGCAAAAAACAGGCUCUGUAAUGUGGACCACCUACUCCUUCCCUUCACCAGCCUGCAGGAGCUCAGCCUCAGUCACAACUUGCUGGCCCGCUUCCCCCGAGGCCUCCCGCCCAGCUUGGAAGAAUUGUUUCUACAACAGAACCGCAUCACCUACAUCACCGUAGGUGCCUUGAGGCAACUGAGGAACCUCACUCUGUUAGAUCUGAGAGACAACCACAUCCGUGCCAUCCAGCCAGGGGCGCUUCAAAACCUGAAAAAUUUGCAGGUCCUCAUGCUGAAGGGCAACAAAUUGGCCAGCUUGUGUCCAAAUCGACCUGCCUUUUUAACCCACUUAGACGUCUCUGCUAACUGCAUUUUUGCCCUGGCCCCGCCCCCUCUGCCCACCUCGCUCAACGUGCAUAUAUUAAAAAUCAGCAGGAACUGCUUACGUUCUGUUUUGGACAGCAACUGUGACAAGGGAACGCAUCUCCGAUCUGUAGAGCGUAUCUACAGCAAGACGAUGUGUGAGUGUGACAUUUUGUAUCGAGGCCACUGGAUGCUAAGCAGCUGGUCGAGGAUGACUAGCACAGACUUGGAAUGCACUGAGCCGGGCCACCUCGCUUACCAUCUGCUUUUAAACCUCUCGAUGGCGGCAAUCUGUCCUGGUAUCCUCAAGCCAAAUGAAAUGACACUUCAGCUGAAGGCCUUGAUAGUGAAUCCUGUGUCACCUUGGGUCCCGACUUCAGUGGAGGAGAAACAUUUGGAAGAAUGGUCAGCACAGCAGGGAGAAGAAGACACAUCUGCUGGCCAUCUUCCUGAAAAUAAAGCCUCUGUGAAAACAGUCCGUAUGAGUUGCAUUUUAGAUGGGCACUUAUUUUUGCAUACUUUAACUUAUCGGGACUGUUUGACCUUUAACAAAAGCCAAAACAUUGCCGUGUCCCAUUCAACUCCAAGCCCUUAUGAGGAAAGUAGGCACAAAGACAAGACCACCGUUCACUUCUCUCAGAUGAUUACAACCCAUCUCACAGGGACACGAGCUUCGUUUUUCACAAAGAAUGACACUACCUUAUCCACCCGCAACCACCUUCACUGGGUGCUCAGUUGGCUGCCGGCAGUCGUGAGUGUAUUUUUUCUCCUGCUCAUGCUGCUAUUUUCCUCGUGCAAAAAAAGGUUUGUCCGUGCUAGAGUGGCUCUUCUUGGAGGGCAUUAAGUUAACACUGAAGACAGCCACAUUCCGAGUUAAGAGGGUGCCAGCAUCCCAGUUUUUACUUCCUCUCAAAAAAUAAAAAAAAAUCAUUUUUCUC